CCAACCACAAAACAACCCAUUACCGCAUUCACCUCUUUCCCUCUCUCUGUCUCUGUCUCUUUGGCACUCUGUGUCUUCUCUGUUGAGCAUCAACAAGAAAGAAGAAGCAGAGAGUCUGAUCUUCCAUAGCACAAGAAACAAGGCUGUGAGUGCGAAGCACAAGCUAGCAAAGAUGCCACCAACAUUGCCAAACUUCUCCAACUCAGUGAAGCUCAAGUAUGUGAAACGUGGCUACCAGUGUCUGGUGAACCACCUCCUCACCUUCCUUCUUAUCCCUCUCAUGGCUGGAAUCCUCCUUGAAGUCCUCCGAGUGGGCCCAGAAGAGAUCCUCAACCUCUGGUCUUCUCUCCAAUUCGAUCUUGUCCAUGUUCUCUGCUCAGUCUUCCUAAUCGUCAUCAUCGCCACCAUUUAUUUCAUGUCCAGACCUCGACCCAUUUACCUUGUCGACUAUUCUUGUUUCAAGCCACCUUACACUUGUCGUGUACCUUUUUCCACCUUCAUGGAACACUCAAAACUUAUCAACAAAGAUAACCCCAAAAGCAUCGAAUUCCAAAUGCGGAUCCUUGAACGAUCCGGGCUCGGAGAGGAAACGUGUCUCCCACCCGCGAUCCAUUAUAUCCCUCCAACACCAACCAUGGAAGCUGCAAGAACUGAAGCCGAGUUAGUCAUCUUUUCUGCCAUUGAUAAUCUCUUCAACAAGACUGGAAUCAAGGCGAAAGACAUCGAUAUACUCGUCGUGAAUUGCAGCUUGUUCUCGCCGACGCCGUCCUUGUCGGCCAUGGUGGUGAACAAGUACAAGAUGAGAAGUAACGUGAGAAGCUUCAAUUUGUCUGGAAUGGGUUGUAGUGCUGGUCUCUUAUCUGUUGAUCUUGCUCGUGACCUUCUUCAAGUUCACCCUAAUUCGUUUGCCUUGGUUGUGAGUACUGAGAUAAUAACCCCUAACUACUACAGAGGGAACAAUAGAGCUAUGCUUCUACCCAAUUGUUUAUUCCGUAUGGGGUGCGCCGCAAUCCUCCUCUCAAAUCGUAGGAAGGACUCGUGGCGCGCCAAGUACCGGCUCGUCCACCUGGUCCGAACCCAUAAGGGAGCCGAUGACAAGGCUUAUCGGUGCGUGUAUGAGGAGGAGGAUCCACAAGGUAAGGUUGGGAUUUCUCUUUCGAAGGAUCUAAUGGCGAUCGCCGGAGAAGCGCUGAAGUCGAACAUCACGACGAUCGGGCCACUGGUGUUGCCGGCAUCGGAGCAGCUGCUCUUCCUCUUCACCCUCAUCGGAAGGAAGUUAUUGGACCCAAAGAGGAAACCUUAUAUUCCUGAUUUCAAGCAGGCAUUCGAUCACUUCUGCAUCCAUGCCGGUGGGAGAGCUGUGAUUGAUGAGUUACAGAAGAACCUGCAACUGUCGGCAGAGCAUGUGGAGGCAUCAAGAAUGGCGUUACACAGGUUUGGAAACACAUCGUCAUCGUCUCUCUGGUAUGAAUUGGCAUAUAUUGAGGCUAAAGGGAGGAUGAAGAAGGGAGAUAGGGUUUGGCAGAUAGCGUUUGGAAGCGGGUUUAAGUGUAACAGUGCUGUUUGGAAGUGCAACCGCACCAUUAAAGUGCCAACUGAUAGUCCCUGGCUUGAUUGCAUCGACAGGUACCCUGUGCACAUCCCUGAAAUCGUCAAGCUAUAGAGUUUGAUUCUUCUAGUGCAGAGAAGAUCACUGCACCCACCACUACUCUUCUUUAUUAAUUUACUGUUCUUCUCAUCAUAAAACCCAUCAAGCCAAGGCUGAUAAGGUAAGAUACAAGUGUUAAGAGUAUCUUUCUUUUCUUCUUAUUCCUAUUCAAUAUACAUGAGGAGGGCUCACUCUAAAGCCAAUGCUGAAGUAGGGGCUUUUGUCAUGUGUGUGUGUGUGUUUAUGAAUGUAAGAUGGUUAGGAUAGGGUCUUUCUUCUGGAUAAUUGUAAAACUACUGUUGCUACUACUGUUACAAGUUACAACAGAACCAUCCAAGACUCCAAGAUGUGAUAUAAAUAUUAAGCCAAUGUUGAAAAGUAAA